AACCCCCCCCCCUCUCUACAUCAGAUGGCAGAAGACAAGAAGAAGAAGGUGGCGAAGAAGAAGCUGCACCACACGUGCCGCAAUCCGCUGCUGGCGCGGGGCCUGAGGAGGUUCUCCCGCAGCGCUAUGUACGAGAGGAGGGCCCUGUACAAGCGCAAGACCAAGACCACGGAGACCAAGAUUGAGAAGAAGCUGAAGGAAAAGGCUCAAGCCACUGUCACCAAGACUGUCGGAGGGGACAAAAAUGGAGGCACCCGUGUGGUCAAGCUCCGUAAGAUGCCCCGUUACUACCCCACAGAAGACGUUCCUCGCAAGCUGCUGAGUCAUGGGAAGAAGCCCUUCAGCCAGCACACGAGGAAGCUGCGAGCCACCAUCACCCCUGGCACUGUGCUCAUUCUGCUGACCGGCCGCCACCGGGGCAAGCGUGUGGUUUUCCUCAAGCAACUUGCCAGUGGUCUUCUGCUUGUGACUGGUCCUUUGGUGCUGAACCGUGUGCCCCUGCGCAGAGCACACCAGAAGUUCGUCAUUGCCACCGGCACAAAGAUUGACAUCUCUGGCGUUAAGAUCCCGAAGACCCUGACUGACUCUUACUUCAAGAAGAAGAGGCUGAGACGACCCAGGCACCAGGAGGGAGAGAUCUUUGAUACUGAGAAAGAGAAAUACCAGAUCACAGAGCAGCGAAAGCAGGAUCAGAAAGCUGUGGACGCCCAGAUUCUGCCCAUCGUCAAGAAGACCCCACAGCUGCAGGGCUACCUGCGAUCCUCAUUCUUCCUCUCCAAUGGAGUUUACCCUCACAAGCUGGUUUUUUAAACUUGUGUUAAACCGAAUAAAUGUGGAUUAAUUGGAGACUGUAA